AUGAAUUCGUACGCCUCUACCAGCAGCCUCAAUGGCCAAGAAAAGCUAUACGUGGACGGAGAAGAAACACGAGAAUCGCCUGCUUUUCCUUCACUCACCCCUUUAUCGCAUGACUUGACGCUUCUUUCACCUAUCCACACGCCCACUUUCUCUGUUGAUGACUUUCUCGUCUCUAGAACGAAAGCUUCUGACCUCAACUUUAUCCUGAGCGAUCUGCGCAGCUAUAGUGAGAAGCUCAAGGACGAGCUGUAUUCGAUCAUCAACGAGGAUUACAAGGACUUCGUCUCUCUCGGUAGUAGCCUCAAGUCCGAAGCGCACCGGAUAGCUCGAUUAGGAUGGAAUACAAGGCCAACCUAUUCGGACAUACAUGAUCACGCUCCAACGCACGGACUAAUGGCACCCGUGCGUGACACGCUGCUUGCUUCUCGUAGUAUGCUCAAGAGCGUCCAGGACGAUAUAGAGGACUGCAUCAAACGUAAAGAAGAUGCGACGAGUCACAAGGCGAAAUUGGAGCUCAUGCUGCAGCUUCAUGAUUCGAUUGUGAGGCUCGAAGACCUGCUCCUGAUCCAUAAUGACGCGCGCGGAUCGACAAGGCGAAGGUCGUCUCAUGCGGCUAGGAGGCCGUCAUUGCUCAGCGUAACUUCGAUCGGAAAGCGUCGGGACAGUGUAGCCUCGGUGGCGUCUGGCUCGGAUCAGGAGGUGUCCGACUAUGCCAUGUCUUCCGAGUACGAGGAAGAUACGGAAAGUGGGGAUGAGUCGUCAGACGAGCUUGGAGCCAACGAAGCGCACCAUCAUGGACAACACAGACGCUCCCAGAGAAGGAUUCUACACCGACUCUCGUCCGACGCACAUGUACACCAAACGCGAUCAGCUCUACAUACAAGAGGCUCGGACGAUCAUCCUGGCUCGCGCACACAGACGCGCUCCGACACCUUGAUAGGCGGCGGUGCUGCAUCCUCUUCGUCUUCUCUGCUCGGCCUACCACAACGCAUCGCUCGCACGUCGGCUGAAUACUCUCGGCUUCGCUUCCUCCACCGCCGCAUCAAUGAGGAGAAGCUGACGCACUUCACAGACGCUCUUCAAGACCGUCUCGACAAGAUUCGCUCUGUACUCCGUAACGACGUGCGAACGCUUGUCGCGCACCUCGUCUCGCCAACUUCGCUCUUGGUGCAUGGCCAGAGUAAGCCGAAAACGGCGUCUUGGCCAGAGCUGCGCAAGUCGCAUGCUUCUCCGACCGCACGCAGAACGAGCUUUUUGCAGAACAUGAAUGCUAGAAGUCAAGCACUGACGAUUCACGAGCAGGCGACCAACGAGUUGGAUGCUUGGACACAGGUUGCCGAGCCAGCCGAGCAGGGCGGUGAUGUGGAAGCGGCGUAUUGGAGCGCGAGGUUCGAGGAGCAGCGCUCUUGGUUGGAGAUGGCCUUGUCGACGUUGAAUACGCUUACGCUUGUUCGCGAGGCCGAUGGCGCGGAUGCGACAGUGAAGCGGUCGAACGAGGCCGAGGAAGCGGUGCGCGAUCUGUUGGUUGACAAGUGGGCAGAUAAGAACAUGACACUUGACAAGGAGUCGCAACGCACCGACGUCAGCAUCCAGAACUCCCUCGAGACACUGCCACGUGCAGUGCAAACUCAGUUCGAAGAACACCACAACCAUGUCGGAUCGCUGCUCGUUUCGUCUUCGUCGCCCAACCGCUUGGUGGAGCUGUACAACUCUGUGCUCGCAUUUGUCGCUAUCGACGCUUGGCAGGUAUGCGAUGCAUCGCGCGAGAUCUCUGAUCAAACGCAUCCGAUUAGCGUCGAAGCUGUGGACUCGACACAAGAUAACCACGAGCUGGCGUGCGAUAUAUUCACCAACGUAGUCUGGGACACGCUCUCCACUCGGCUGCUCGACUCGAUGGGCAGCACAAUCUUCUUCGUUGGCCACACCGAUACGUUCUACUCGAACUUUACACUCACCAACACCUUGCUGGAGCGCUUGCUCUCGCUAGCACCUACCGACAAAGCGCGCUUGCGCGUCCAGCAGCAUGCGAAUUGGACCGCAUUCAAACGAAGGUGGCAGUUGCCCGUGUAUUUUCAGAUGCGAUUCCGCCAGGUUGUUACGGAGCUCGAGGCGGAAUUGGCGGACGGACGCGUGGGGGGAGACCAAGGAUGUAUGCGCGCAACGCACGCGACUGUGCAAGCGAUUCGCACGGUGUGGUCUGCGGGCGUGCAUAUUCACGAGUUGUCAGCGCGCGAGUGGAGGGUGACGCUUCAGAUUCUUAGUCGAUACAAGACGUGGGUGGAGGAGGAGGCGCCUGUUGAGAUGCGUGCUAAGAAGCUGGAUGGGAUGCGCACGAGUGAGGCACGGACGAGUAGCGAGCUGCGUGCGAGUGCGAGUGCGGAUGUGUCUCGGGUGUCUACGCCGCAACCGGUGGAUGGAGUACAGGAGCGCGACGAUCAGCAGCUGUUGGUUGGAGUGGCGCUUGUUCGGGAUGGCUUGUUUCUCAAACAGAGCAUCGAGGUGAUGUUGGAUGAAACGAUCCUGCCCUGCAUUGCGGCGCAUGGCGUCGACCAGAUGGAUCGCGGAUGGUCUACAUUGCGGAGUGAUCUGCUGGCGGUGCUUGACGAAUCACUCGACUUUAUCCCUGCGCUCAUCUCGUCGAUUGGUCGUCUACUGCACAACGUCAUGUUACCACGCGUCGUUUCGCCACUUCGAAUGCUUCGUUCCUUCUCAACACCUGCCUAUCGCACCGAAACCAGUGCCAGUGCCAAUCCUGGUCCCUCGAUCCAAGUCAUCCACCAAAUGAUGCAGCCGCUCCAGACAUUUGUCUCAUCCAACCACCUCGCCAACCACAUCAAGCGCGAAUGGUCGCUCCCCAUCCUCGCCGAUGCGUUCAAACGCUACAUUUCGACAAUCGAAACCAUCAACAAAAACCAACACUCGCUCAUCCGCCUGAAAAACUCCCAUCCUCCACCCGCCUUGUUAGCCGGCCUCUUCCAAGCUCCUCCCAAACAAAGCACCGCUCCUGGUCUGGCAGAACUCGAAAAAUCCUUCACAGAAUCAAACAGACAUGCCCUUGCUACCUGGUCUUCCUUGAUCCAUCACCUGCAGCUCGACAUCGAUCUGGACUCCUGGUCCGAUUGGUUGACCCUCAAGAACUUUUUGCUUUCAAGCCCGGAGCAAAUGUAG